AUGGAUGACUCAGAGCUAGAUCAGAUCCGAAAAGCUCGUCUAGAGCAGCUCAAGGCCCAAGGUGGCGGCGGCGGAGGAGGUGGUGGUUCUGGGCAGCAAGAACAGCAGCAGCGCCAACAACAGCAGCAAGACGACGCCCGCCAACACAUCCUCCAGCAGAUCCUUCACCCAGAAGCCGCCGACCGUCUAGGCCGCAUCCGUCUCGUCAAGGAGGAGCGCGCCGCCGACAUCGAGAACCGUCUAAUCACGCUUGCGCAGAGCGGCCAGCUGCGACAAAAGGUCACCGAGGCGCAGCUCAAGGAGCUUCUGAACGCCAUGUCGGAGAGCAAGGAGGAAGAGAAGAUCGUCGUGAACAGGCGCAAGGCAUGGGACGAUGACGAUGAUUUGGACCUGUAA